AUGAUUGUAGUUCCUGAUGAAAUGUUUGAUUCAACUAAUUAUGAUACAAUUGAUACAGUUGAACGUGAAGCCGAAGAAGAAAUAGGUCUUAAACUAGAACACUAUUCAACACUUGGUUGUUUACCACUAAUAACUGAUUCUCAAGCUGUUAUGAUAACAUCUGUUGUUGCUUUACUUCAUUCACCAAAAUUUGUUAAUUUUCAUUUAAUAUUUGAUGAAAUAAAAGAUGCAUUUUAUCUUGAUCGUAAAUAA